GGACAGCGAGAGAAGAGGAGAAGAAGUAAAAGCAGCAGCUCAGCCCAGAACUCAGAAAGGAGAAAAUGUCUUUAUAUUUUCUGUUGAUGCUUCACGUUACCGUGGCUGCAGUUGUUCAGAGAGCAGGAGAGGACGUCACUCUGACUUGUGAACAUGAGCUGGAGGGUCAGCGGGACUGUAAUGGGACAAUAUGGAACUACGGUCAUGGAAGAGCUGCCUCAUUUGACCUGGUUGAAAUUGGGAAGAUCGAAAACAACGGUGAAAUAGAAUCAGAAAGACUGAGAGUUACAGCAAAUUGUUCUCUGAUAAUCAAGAAAGUGACCGUUCAGGAUGUUGGUCAUUAUUACUGUGAACAAUACAAAUCAGACGAUUCAAAGAAUCACAUUCUGGUUCACUGGUCUGUCGUGCAUCUGUCUGUAGCAACCAUUGUGACUGAACAGGAAGUCGAUGACGAGGAGACACUGAAAUGCUUCGUGAUGUCUUCAGAGGAAAACUGUGAACAGGAAGUGAAGUGGAUGAUUAAAGAUCAAGAUAUUGAUGAAGAAAACAGUCAGAUCAAGACAGAAAAGAAUGAAUGUUCUGCCACUGUGACUCUUAAAAAGUCACAUUAUCUUCACCCACAAACACACUUCCUGAGCUGUGAAGUGACUGACUGGACAGGAGAAAAGCUUCGUUUCAGUCCUCGACCCUCAGAAGACAGGAAAUCAACAGUAAAACCAGAAACCUUGUCAAAGUCGACCACAACUGGAACCAGUGGAGCUUCAGCAGAUCCACAAGGAGACACAAAAUCAACAGUAAAACCAGAAAACUUCUCAAAGUCGACCAGAACUGGAACCAGUGGAGCUUCAGCAGAUCCACAAGGAGACACAGAAUCAACAGUAAAACCAGAAACUUUCUCAAAGUCGACCACAACUGGAACCAGUGGAGCUUCAGCAGAUCCACAAGGAGACACAAAAUCAACAGUAAAACCAGAAACCUUGUCAAAGUCGACCACAACUGGAACCAGUGGAGCUUCAGCAGAUCCACAAGGUCUGAGCAGAAAUCUGGCCGUCUCUCUGGGAUUAGCAGCACUUGUCCUCUGUGUUGUGACGGUUAACAUGUGGGCCAGAAUUAAAGAACAACAAAUUCAAAAAGAUGGAACCACAGCGUAUAAAGCCGAGUUCUAUUUCAUCCCUCCUGACCACCAGAAGAAUGAAGCUGAAACAAGCGGUAACUGCCGUCGCAGCCUUUCUCAGGAUGAAGAAGACGAGGCUGCAGCGACGUACGAGAACCUGGGAGAGCCGUCUGCUUCUGUCCGACUCCACUGAGCAACACCGGUCCACUGCUGCUGAGAGCCCAGGAGGCCUUUCUGAACUCAUCUGGAUCAUCGUCAGCUUUCUGUC